AAUGGACGAUUUCUGAAGGUCUGAACAAAAUACAAAUAAUGGUCAGCUGUACCAAAAUCGCCAGGGGGAUGUCAUGAACCGGGAAAGAACGGGAAAAAAAAUCCAAUGGAAGAAAUAUCUCAAAGAUGAGUUUCAGUAGUCUUCAAGCACGGAAUGACUGCCUUGUGCACAAUUAAACAUUUAUGUCAAGCAACCAGAAAUGAGAACAGAUACGCAAAAAGGUUCUUUGGUACUCUUCUGACACAGACAGCACAAAAGUGGCUCUUUUCUCCAUUCUGGACAGUGGUACCUGACCCUAGGAAGUCAGCUCUGUUUGGGCUUACUCAAGCAUUUUGUACAAAUGAAAAAUCUCACGCACAACCAAAAAGGAAAGCAGCAUUUGGAAGUGUUGGGCGAAGAAUUCCCUAUCGUAUUUUGCACGUAAUCAACCAGGAUGGGGAGAGUUUAGGAAACAUGCACCGAGCAGAGGCACUCAGACUUAUGGAUGAAAAUGGCCUGAAGCUGGUUCUGCUUCGUGAGAAUGUAGAACCUCCAGUUUACAGACUAAUGACUGGGCAGCAGAUUCAUGAAGAACAGCUUAAACGUGCAGAGAAGAAGAAAGCAAGCCCAAAGCAAGUUCUCUUUCAAACAGGGGUGGUUCAGAAGGAGUUAUCGUUUUCUUCAUCUAUUGCCAAGAACGACUUAGAGACCAAGACUAAACAGAUAGCAGUGUGGAUUGAAAAGAAACACCACGUUAAAAUUACCAUCCGGCAAGCAAAAGGUGGCAGUACAGACAUGUUCAUGCUUUUUGAUCAGAUUUUGGAGACUGUAUCUGAGAAAGCCACUUAUCUUUCCAAGCCAAAAGUUGCUAGAGAAGGAGUGAGUACCUGUGUUUUGAGGCACAUGUCUGACAAAGAGUUGAAAGAACACCAGAAGAUGGAAAUCAAGAAAAACAAUACAGUAAAGAAAGAUGAAAACGAAGAUCUGAAGUCAAAUGAGUUGCAUCAGUGACUUUCGGAAGCACUGUAAACAAUAUAUAUUUAUUUAAAAAAUAAUAAUAAAAAAAAUUAACUUCAGAUAAA